UUAUUCUUCCGGCCCCCACCGUGAUCAGUGUUCAUCAGUUAUUCUAAUUACAUGGAGUGGCCAUCAAACGAAUAUUUCACUAAGCAACGAAUAUCACUGUUCAUCCGCGACCAACCCAUCUGCUGUUAUCUCCCCGCUUCACUAUCCUACCCUGCGACAGCACACCACUCUUCCCUUCCCAAACCACCUUCUCUUCCCCGCCACUCUGUUCCACUACGAACCCUAGAUCCAGAAUUCCGACCUCGUCGACCCCUUCUUUGCGCCCCAUCCCCAAUCCUCCCUCCUACAGCAGUGGUCAUCCACGGAGGAGGGAUUUGAAGCACGCUCUCCGCUCCUGCAACACGCGGUCGUCACUGUCAGCACGCGUGAUGGAUCAAGAUGAUGGUCUGCAUCACCCCGCCGUCGACCUUGUCGCCAGUGACCCCGCCUGCCCGACCCCAACAUCCAGGACCUCUCUUCAGAAAUUUCUCUCCGCCACAUUGUUUGACGAGAGCGGUGUCUGUAUGCUUCACAUCGCUCGUCACUUCAAUGGCAUCGGACUUGCUUCUAAGCUUUCCAAUGAAACACUUGCUCAUCGGAAGAAACUCAUGGCGGCCGAGUUACUGCAGCUAGAUGGCAACCUCGCCACCUUCCCAUCAGCAAAAGCAAUAUUUGAUGGCCACCAUAAUGAAUGAUCGUCUGCCUUUCAGACCUUCUAGCUAUUAUUAUCUAUGAUGUACGGCUGCGAAAUACUUUCAUAAAUCGAGUUGAAUGAAACCAGUGUUGGUUUUUUGC